AAUUACAUGACCUUCGCCGACAUUCAAUAUAAGUUCUGAGUUCAUCGUGUUAAUCCAUGUCGAACUUUAAUGAAUCCAUUUCAAAAUAUGGCCCUCUCUUCAGAAGGCGAGUUAGUAAUGGAUUUUGAUGCAGAUUUCAGUAGUAGUGGUAGUGAAUCAUCAUCCCUGUAUAAUUCAGAUUCUGGAGUUAGUUUAACAACACCCCCAUCAUGUAGCACAUGGUCAGCUUGGGAUCCUGAACAUUCAGAUGAUACAGAAGACGCAUACUUCGACCUUACUCCUUUUUAUCAAGCACAUUCCUUUACUGUAAUUCAAGCCAUUCACUGUCUCUCCGAUAAAGAUAUUGAUAUCGUCCUUAACGCAUCUACGUAUUUGUUCCACUUGUGCAAAAAUGGAUAUGCACCUUUCAUCAGUCAAAUAUGUCCGGAUAUUCUGUUAAAUAUAAAAAUUCCCGUGUUUUGUCCUUCCUCCAGCAAGUAUGUGGAUGUUAUUCAUUGUAUGAGUGGAAUAAUAAACUACUUUUCACAAUGUCCAGAUGGAAUAAAUAUGAUACUGCAUAAAGGAGGACUUGAUAUUAUAAAUGGACUACUCCUUUUUCCGUUUGAAUCAGUGUUGUAUUUUUGUGUCACCGCCUUACACAAUGUGCUGCUAAGUCAUGAGUCAGCCAAAGGUUUUAUUCAUCGGACAUGCAUUUCAAACCGCCUAAUUAAUCUUCUAAAUUAUUCCGUGGAGCACAGUGGGCUGGAUAUGUCAAGCUUGCGAAAGUCAUCCAUAGACGCACAGAAAAGUAUCAACCCAAAAUUUUCAGCAGUUCUUUGUGACUGUUUGUAUAUAUUGGCAUAUGGACAUGAAAGUACUAAACGAUCUUUCAAGGAACAAGGAGGAUUAUCUUCUCUUCUAACACUGAUCACAGUCUCAACUUAUGAAAAGGUUUUGUGGACAGCUACUAGACUUCUUCGGGUUCUGUCUGCUUGGAUUCCAGUUAAGUGUGAAAUAAUAGCCCAAGACCCUUUCCUAUGUUUCUUCUCGCAUUGUUUAGAAUGCCAGUCAUCACGUGUAAUUGCAAAUGUACUGUGGACGAUGAGGAACCUUUCGGAUAUUGCUGUGGAUAAAAUUACUUCAGAUGUAUCUGUCAAUAUUGUGAGGCAACUAAUUUCCCUACUGAAAUCCAGUACUUAUGGUGAAAGUUGCGUGAAGCAUUAUUCUUUCAAUAGUCGAGAUGAUUGCUCCGUUUUCCGGUGCAUUCUCGGAACAUUAGCCAACUUAACAUGUAGAAAUAAUGCUGCAAAGUGUUAUGUUGUCCGACACAAUGGAAUUGAUCUAAUCCUACAAAUUUUAUAUGCUGAAAUACGUGGACAAAAAAAUUAUUAUCAUACAAUGUGUGAAACUCUUAGUCAAGCAUUAUUAAAUAUGUCUAUCCAAUGUAAAACUGAUGAUGACGAUAAUCAGGUUGAGGAGGAAGAAAACGAAGAUGUAGAAAGGGAAAACUAUUCGACAACAACAACAGCAGCUAUUCAUGAAAGAAUUCCGCUGAAAACAACGAAAUAUCCUACCACUUUUCCAUUAUCAGGAGUAGUAACAGCGGCGUCUUCCUCGGCCGCCUCAUCGACAACGAAAACAUCACCGAUCCCGACAACAACAACAACACCAACUAGUGAGAUCAAUAAUGAUAAAUUAUUCAUUUCUCCUUUAGAUUCAAUUUUUACUACAAUGAAAAAACAUUAUUCAUUAAAACAAAACAGCGAAUUAUAUCAUUUACAUGAUAAUAAAUUAAAUAAUAAUAGUAAUAGUAAUAAUACUAAUAAUUUAUUGAAUACAACACUAAUAUUAAAUGCAACGCUGGAUUUAAUUGAAGCGGGUAUUCGUUGUUUAUCACAUUUAACUGUUGGACAUGGCGAAUUAUUCAAUGUGUUCAAUUAUUUUAUUCAUCAACGUUUUGCAUCAAAAUUGAUAAUAUCAAUGGGUAGUAUAUACUUGCCAUCAUUAUUAUCAUUUCCAUUUGAUCAACAUAUUAAUUUUUUAUGUAGAAAAGAGGAGACUACCACCAUUUCUAAUACUACUACUAAUCAUAAUAAUAAUAGUAGUAAUAAUAAUAAUACUUGGGAAUUUGAUUGUUUAACACAAAUUCUUCAAUUAACUAAAACAUGGAGUAUUCUAGUACGAAAUAUUUGUGUGAAUACAUCGUCGUCGACAUCAUCGUCAUCGUCAUCAUUGAGAAUAAAUCGUAAUGACGAAGGACUGUCUAGUGAUGGAAUUCAUUCUAAUUUAUGUUGGCCAAAGCAUUUACGUUCACAACUUCGACAUGGAGUACAUAAAUUAGUGCAAAAUUUAAGACAUUUAAUGAAUUCGCUACCUCGAGAUUGUCAACCAAAAGAGCUUAAAACCACUAUGGAUAUUGUUCAUAAUUUAUCGAUUACAUUGAGUAAUUCUAAUGGCAAUAAUAAUAAUAAUAAUAACAAUAACAAUAAUUACACCACCUAAUCAAAGUCAGAAGACAAUUUUUAAUGUUUGUUUGUUUUUGUUAGUUUAUUCUCGUCGUUAUCGUUAUCAUUUCGCCGUUGUUGUUGUUUUCGUCGUCGUUGUUGGCAUCAUCAUCCGUAUCAUCAUCGUCGUCGUCAUCACCUACUUUAAUGUUGUCUCUUCUUCAUUGGUGUUUAAUCUACCUCUAUCUACCUCAAUAAUAUUAGUAAAACCGGUUUGUUCUUCUCUUAUAUCUUUUUCUGUGUAUUGUGUAUUUAUUUGAAUGUGUAGUGUUCGAAUACAAUAGAAAACUGUGUGUGUGUGUAUUCUUAUACUCAAAUUCAUUCCAUUUCAUUCCACACACACACACACACACAUGGACACAUGACUCUAUCCACAAGUGGAUAUUUCUCUCUAUAUAUAUUUACGUAUAGAUAAACAUAUUACAUAAUGUGCAGAUACCUUCUUUGUGUACGUUUGUGUGUGCGUAUGUGUAUUUUUGUGCGUGCGUUCGUGAGCCUAAUUAUGCUACCUACCUCAUCUUCUAAUGAAGAGUAAAAGUAAUACUGAUACUACUACUACUACUAUUAAUACUACUGAUUUUCUUUCCUACAACGAUAUUCAGUAGUAUGUAGAAACCAUAGAAAGAAAAAAAUACAAAGAAUUAUUUCUUAAUAACAUUACGUAAUAAGUAUAUAUAUAUAAAUGUAAACUUGUAUAAUUCAGAGUUGUUUAGUCCAUUCAUUCACACAUUCACUCUUCAAAAAAGUACUUAUGGUGUAUUAAACUUGCUGAAUAUUAUACAUUACCGACAUUCAACAAUGGACUAGUCUUCUCCGUCUCACCUAAUUGUUGUUUUUGUUUAUUUUUUAUUUUUCUCUUUGCAUUUUGUUUAUUCCAUUUGAUGUUUAACUUUAGGGUGCAACGAUAUUCUUGUUUCAUCUAUGUGUGUGUGUGUCAAACGUCCCUCUUCUGUUUCUUCCCGCUCUUCCUACCUGUUCUCGUGUUGUUUCUCUCUCUCUCUGUUGAUAGGUCCGCCUGUUUAAUCUUCGUAAAUACAUCUAUCUAUCUAUUUAUCUAUGUAUAAUCAUUAUUAUAUUCUUAUAUUACAAAGGUUUAUUUGUGCAUCCUACACGAACAUCGAGUGAACAGGUCUACUAUUGUAGUAGUAGUAGUAGACGGUGUGUGUGUGUGUGUGAUGUAUGUGUAUAUAUAGAUAAAAGCGUUCGUUUCUUGCUGGUUCUUCUGAUAUGAUUAUCGCUUAUAGUGUAACCUUGGACACUAUUCAUGAUGUUUAUGAUGGUGUGACAGUGAUAUAAGGUCUGGUGACAAUAACAACAUCGUCACUAUCAUUAUCGUCAUCUUUUCUUGUCUCCAUCGUGUUUUAGUAUAUUUUUUGAUCUUGUUUAUGAUUAUUCUUAUGUGUACACUAGGAUGAGUGAGCGUAUGCGUCGGCGUGUGUGUGUAUACGUGUUUGUGGGUGCGUAUUUGUAAGUUCACAAGGUGUUCAUUGUUCUACAUUAAUCUAUGCACAUACCACUCCUUCUAUGUCCCUCCACCCACCCCCCACCCCCCACACACACACCUAAUAAAUGAUCGCACAUGAGCAAUGACAACCGAAAACAUUAGAAGAUGGGGUGGGGGAUAAUUUAGAUUACCCGCUUUAAUCCUCCUAUUUCUUCUUCUUCGUGUGUCAACCUUGGAUCGAUGGUUUCUGUGUUCUUAUCUGAUGGUUAUUUGAUGUAUUUAAAUUAACUAGGGAUUAUGGAUACUUAUUAUUCCUCUUCUGUCUCCCACCCGGCCUCUCUGUGUCUCUGUCCCUCUUUCAAGAUGCCUUCUUUUCUUUAAACUCUCUAUUGAUUUGUUUAUUUAUUUAACACUUGAGCAGAAUUUUAAUCUUUUUUUUACUCAACUUCUUCUUUCCAUCGUGUUGAUAAAAUACAGUGCAAACCGGGGGGGGAGGGGUGCACCACAACACAAACCAACAAUAUUCAUACAUCCAUAUAUAUAGAUGGAAACCCAGGAAUGAGUGCGUGUAUGUGUGUGUGUGCGCCCACUUGCUUGGAUGUAGUGUGAAUGUAACUGUAUCUUCUCUCCCCACUUCCCCCAUUUUCUCGUCAAGUUUUUUUAAUUGUUAUCCUUGUUCAACCACUUUUUCCCUCUUUCUCUAAAUAAACUUAUUCAAUCCAGUAAAAACAACUUUGUGUGUGUGUGUGUACGUGUGUGCGUGUGAGUGUGUGUGUUAUAUUGUUACAUAAAGAGAAUUUUUUAAAUGUUGCAAAUAUAAACAUAUAUAAUAAAUAAAUAUAAAUAUAUAUAUAUAUAUUG